AUGCCAUCCAAAGUCCUUCUUCAACCUCGGGUACUCUCUUCACCUCUCACUCUCAGACCUAGACCCGUUCUGACACUUCCGAAAUUUAUCUACCGCGCAAUGUCUCAAGCUCAAGUGCCUACUUUUGGUUUCUCCGAACGUAAACCAUCUGGAGAGGAAGCAGCUCUCAUCCAAGAUGUCCUCAAGUUGUACCAACUUCAACCUGUCAGCGCGGCGUAUGCAAGGUACGACCAGAAAGCCACUUUUCAUGAUCCUAUCGGACUAGCUGAAGGGCUUGAGUCUGUGAAAGCCCAGUUCAAUUCGAUGCCAAAGAUUUUCUCCAAGUCUGAAACGUUGGAUCUGAAAGUGUUGGACAACCCUCAGGUUAAACCCCCCUCGGUGCAAUUUGCUCUCGCUCAGAACUACCACGUCAAGACUCCGCAAACUACCAAGCUCGUCAAUUCUUUGAUCACCUUGACUGUGGAUCCAUCUACAAAGCUCAUCACCCAGUAA